AUGGAGAGCCUUCCAACAGAACUCGUCCACCACAUCCUCGUCCAACUCGGUGUGUCAUCGCCAGCCUCCCUGGCGGCUGUGGCAUGUACCUGCACCCGGCUGGCUUCCAUAGCACGCGAUCCGUUCCUUCUUCGCCGCAUCUACCGCAUCCGCCUGGCACACACCGCCAUUGCGCCCAUCCAUGCGCCACCUGAAGGUGGACGAGUGGCGGAUACCGACUGGCGAGGGAUGAUCAUGGCGCUUGACUCGUUCCUGACAAGGCGCCCCGUCGAGAUUGUGAUCUCGGCGCCAAGCACGACUGUUGUGGUCGUCCUCCCACUCUCGGCUGCCAUCGCCGAUGCUCGCGAGGUGGUGGCCGAAGCGCUCGGCUGGCCGGCCGAAGAGAUGCGGCUCGAGCUGGGCGGAAUGGUGCUUGGGUGGGGGCUGCUGCAUCCGACGGCAUCGCUUUGGCGGGCAGGCGUGGUGCCCGACGCUGUGGUGAUGGCCAAGAUGCGGCUCGGGUUUGGGAACAGCAGAGACGAGCUAGCGACAGCGCAGCUGUACAGCGUAGAGAGCCUGCCGGCGGCAAUGCGAGGCUUUCGUGACGGAAUGGCACCGCUUCCGUGGGCGGCAGACGAUCCGUGGCGGCUGCACAUGCUGCAGGCGCCGAUGGCUGCGCUCGCACCGAUCAAGUUUGCGCUCAACUUUCCACGGAAGCAUGCUGUCUUUCAGUUCUCGCUGGCGAUGGAGGUGGUGGUGGAGCUGCUGGCGGCGGGCAUCGAGUCAGUGCCGUGGAUCUUUACGGCGCUAUGGAGCGUGGUCUCGCUUGGUGACACGACAUACGUUGUGGACGGACAUGGGUACUUUGUGGCGGCAACCGGCACGUUUGCCUCCGCGACGUGCUCGGGCUUGACUUUGACCACGAGCCUUGGCUGA